CUGCCCGAGCCAUGCUGGAGUACCGGAUUCGCACGCUGGAAGGAGCCUUACGCAACGCGCAGGAGCAAGGCUACCAGGGUGCCAAGUUCCCGUGGGAGAGUGCAGCCACUGGCCGGGAAGUCUGCCCUGAGGAGGUCUACGGAGCCCAAGAAAUCCACGUCACUGGGGACGUUUUGAUGGCCUUUGAGCAGUAUUACUGCACCACGCAGGACCAGAAGCUGUUCAGGGAGGAUGGAGGCUGGAAGCUGGUGGGUGCCGUGGCCGAGUACUGGUGCAGCAGGAUGGUGUGGAGUGAGGAGGAGCAGUGCUACCACAUCAAAGGUGUCAUGCCCCCCGAUGAGUAUCACCACCAGGUUGAUAACUCCGCUUACACCAACGCCGUGGCCCGGCGCAGCUUAAAGUUUGCAGCUGAUGUUGCUCGGGACUUCCUGAUCCCUGUGCCAGAGGAGUGGGUGGACUGUGCCAAGAAACUCAAAGUGCCCUUUGAUGCGGAGAAGAAAUACCAUCCCGAGUACGACGGUUACAGCCCAGGUGAGCCCGUGAAACAAGCUGACGUCGUCUUGCUUGGAUUCCCACUGAUGCACCCCAUGAGCUCUGAAGUCCGGAGAAACGACCUGGAGAUGUAUGAGCCCGUCACGGAGCCGAAUGGGCCGGCCAUGACCUGGGUACGGAGAGGGGCAAAGCCGAAGGUGGGGUUCAUCCACGAGGUGGGUGUUCCGCGCCUUUCCCAGGUGAGCCCGUGA